AUGGCCAAUACGCACAAAGAUCCAAGAAUGGGUAAUGGUGGCCGGGAGAAUGAGGUGAAGCUGGCUCCAUCCGGGUUGAAGGCAGUGGUGCGUGAGAAGAUCUUCAGCGUUGUCUUUCGCAGCGUGAAGAAGGAAGGAGAAUGGAAGGUGCUGAUCAUGGACCACCCGAGCACGCGCAUCCUCUCGUCGUGCUGCAAGAUGUCCGACAUCGUGGACGAAGGCAUCACACCUGUGGAAGAUAUUGAUAAGUGCCGGGAGCCAAUCCCCAGCCUGGAGGCCAUCUACCUGCUCAGCCCUGUGGAGAAGUCGGUGCAGGCUCUGAUCAGUGACUUCCAGGGCACCCCCACCUUCAACUACAAGGCGGCUCACGUCUUCUUCAUCAGCCCCUGUCCUGAGCCUCUGGUCAAGAAGCUGAGGAAGUCACGGGUCACCAAGGCCAUCAAAACCCUCAAAGAGAUCAACGUGGCCUUCCUGCCCUACGAGAGCCAGGUGUACUCCCUGGACAGGCCACAGACCUUCCACAUCUGGUUCAACCCCUACCGCGCCUUGGAAAAGAACAAGGAGCAGGAAAUGUUGGCAGAGCAGAUUGCCAUGUUGUGUGAAACCCUGGAGGAGUAUCCAGCCAUCCGCUACCGGAAAGAACUCUGGUGCCUGUGGGGCGGGGGCUCCAUCCCCUGUAGCAUAGGACAGGGUACCCCCUACCUCCAAGGCAGUGCCUGGCUCCAGUCUGACCCCUCUCCCUGCUGCAGGAAGGUGACGGAGCUGCUGCACACCUUCUCUGAGAGCAAGAGGCUGACCACGGACAAGGCCAACAUCAAGGACCUGUCCCAGAUGCUGAAGAAGAUGCCCGAGUACCUGAAAGAGCUGAACAAGUACUCCACACACCUGAACCUGGCUGAGCACUGCAUGCGGCACUUCAAAGGAUCGGUGGAGAACCUGUGCAGCGUGGAGCAGGACCUGGCCAUGGGGACGGACAGGGAUGGGGAGAUGAUCGAGGACCCCAUGAAGAUCAUCAUGCCCGUCCUGCUGGACCCCAGCGUGCAGGCCUAUGACAAGAUCCGUGUCAUCCUGCUCUUCAUCUUCCUGAAGAACGGUAACACCACAGGCCUGCAGGGGGCAGCACUGGGGGGCCUGCUGCUGCAGGGGACGCCCCUGGAGGCAGUGCCCAGUCUGUGCAGCCAGGGGCGGCUCUAA